GUCCUUAAUUCCUUAUAAUAUUUAUCUCAUAAAAAUUUAUAUUUUCUAAAAAAAAUUCACUGCAGUACAUCCAAAAUUUCCUAUACCCUCGGCGAAAUUUUUGGUACUCAUUUUGACAUUUUGAUUGGAAAUUGUGCGCAUUUUUCAAAAUUUCUGGUGGCAUAUCGGAAAUUUCCAGUGUUGUUAUAAAAAUCUGAAGGAACAUUAUCGAAAAUUUUUGGAUAGUAACAAAAUCUAUCAAAAAUUUUGGAAUUUCAGGUAUGCCGAAAAUUUCAUAAUUUCUGAUAUACCGAAAAUUUUGCAUAAGCUUGAAAUUUCGGUAUGUCUGCAGAUAAAAUUCUUUACUUGUGUGGUCCAAAGGCGGCAACUUCUUCUACUGAUUCCUGUACAGAUUUUACGGAGUUUUUUAGAACAGAUGUCGCUUUGGAUAGCAUGGAGAAUGAAGUCGAUUCGCUUGCUGAAUGUUGCGACAGGAUAGCAAAGGCUUUAAACAGUUGUAGUGCUAGCACCGGUGACAUUAUAAGUACCACAGAGAGGCUCAAACAAGAACUUGAAACUACUACACAAAGACAAGAAAUUGUAACAUGUUUCUUACGCGAUUAUCAGCUCUCCCCUGAAGAGAUUUGGAUUAUUGUUUAAUGUUUGACCUAUUAUCGAGCCAUGUGUUUGUGAAUCAAAUAAGUGUAUUAUGUU